AUGACUGACAUGAGGGCUGCAUUCCUGGUGCUAAUCCUAUGGGCUGUGGCGUAUGCUUACCCUGUGCCUGGCCAUGAAUCCCCCCACCCCAGCACCCUGCAGGAGGAUACCGCAAAUGGAGAUUACAUCGGCAAGCUGGGCAACCGCCUAGAUGGUGGGGAUGGCAGACAUCAUCCUGCCAGUCCAGAGACAGGGGAAAAUGCACUUGCCAGGGACCUGGCAGGUGGGAAUGCCGUGGAUGAGGAGCUGGGUGAGCUCAGUGGCCAAGAUGUGGGAGACCGCGUUGAGCAGGCUCAGCACGUAAACCAGGUGGACCACGAAGACAUGAGUGCCCACAAUGGGAAUGACCUUGGUUUCCUGGAGGUGGAUGCCCGUGACACUGAUGAUGCUGACAAUGGAGACCACUACGGUGCCAGAGCCAACGGGUUCCCCUCCCAUGGUGGCGGGUUCCUGGACGAGGAGGAUGACAGUGGGGACGACACCUUUGAUGCCAAUAGGGAAGAAGAGAGGGGUGAAGGCCCUACCUAUGGGGCUGGUGCUGAUGGGGCAGGGGAACACAAGCAUGAUGCUGGGCGUGGGGAUGCCGGGGCUGGAAUGGGGCACAGCAGCAGCAGCAGCAGCAGCGAGAGCAUUGGGGCAGACCACCGACGCUACAGGAACUAUGGGCACACCUACAGGCACAGAGGGGCCAGCAGCAGCAGCCAGGAGGAGAGCUAUGACUUCCAGGACGAAGCCAUGCAGGGGGAUGAUCCCUCUGUCUUUGACGGCCCAGGCAGCAGCUACAGGAUGCGCCACCCUGGCCCCCAUGCUCUGGGGAACAGUGGGGAGAGUGCCCAGGGGGCUGGCUCCCACCGCUGGGAGGAGGGUGACAGCAGGUCCCCCGAGGUGGAGGAUGGUGACUCUGGAGAAGACAGCCCAUCUGUGGAGAAUGACAGUCAGUCAGAAGAGCCUGUUGACAGCCAGUCAGAGGAAAAAAGCUCCAGCCACUCCAGGCAGGAUGGGGAUGAGGAUGGGGAUGGGGAUGGGGAGGACAGCCCCUCCAGGGAAGAUGAGGACAGUGAGUCCAGGGAGACCACUGAUGAGCAGUCAGAUGAAGAGCCGGGGGAGACCCCAGAGGUGGUGAGAACCUUGAAUGAACACAGCAACAGUCAAACCUGGGAAGGUCAGGAGGACUGGGAUUCUGCUGAGGACAGGAGUGUGCUGUCCACACCUGACAGUGAGUCCAGGGAAGAAGAGAAUGAACUGAGCAAGUCCGGGGAAGAUGAUGAUGACCAGAGCCAUUCCACAGAGGACACUGCGGAGGAGUCAGAGGAGGAUGAGAAUGACUCUGUGCCAAGCACAUCAGCUGAGAGCCCAGAGGUGCCAGAGGAUGACAGCAGCCCAGAGGACAACACAGGUGAGGACAGCAGGUCUGCAGAGAGCGACAACAGCGAGUCCCAGGAAGAUGAGGAUGACGUGGAGAGCCACUCCCAGGAGGAUGCCACUCGCGAGUCCAGCAGCCACGGGGACGACAGCUCCCUGCAGAGCCUGGAGAGCGGGGCCCACAAGCAGCGGCUGGGCGCCCUCCGCCACAGACCUGCGGCUGAUUAUGAUGACAAUGACUGCCAGGAUGGGUACUGA